GCAGAGCGGAGCGGAGCGGCGCUGAGGGAGCGCGCGGCGGCCGCGCCGUCACCACAGGAGAGGGCGGAGGGGGGGGGGAAGAAGAGAAAGAGAGAGAGGAAGAGGAGGCGACAACAACGACGACAGUCGACGACCAGGGGGGGGGUCCCAGCGGCUCCCCCACCAGCUCCAUUCACUCCUCAGCUGUGACGGUAUAGAGGCGACGGAGCUGACAGCCAGCCCGGAGCACCGGGGGCGGCCGAGACCACCAUGUCCUCCCCCAGCCCGGGCAAGAGGCGGAUGGACACCGACGUGGUCAAGCUGAUUGAGAGCAAACACGAGGUCACGAUCUUAGGAGGACUCAAUGAAUUUGUCGUGAAGUUUUAUGGACCACAAGGAACACCAUAUGAAGGUGGAGUAUGGAAAGUUAGAGUCGACCUUCCUGAUAAAUACCCCUUCAAAUCCCCAUCUAUAGGAUUCAUGAAUAAAAUUUUCCAUCCUAACAUCGAUGAAGCGUCAGGAACUGUAUGUCUAGAUGUAAUCAAUCAAACUUGGACGGCUCUCUACGAUCUCACCAAUAUAUUUGAAUCGUUCCUGCCCCAGCUGCUGGCUUAUCCUAACCCUAUAGAUCCUCUAAAUGGCGACGCUGCAGCCAUGUACCUCCACCGACCAGAAGAGUACAAACAGAAAAUUAAAGAAUACAUUCAGAAAUAUGCAACAGAAGAAGCACUAAAAGAGCAGGAAGAAGGCACCGGGGAUAGCUCGUCUGAGAGCUCCAUGUCCGACUUCUCGGAAGACGAGGCUCAGGAUAUGGAGUUGUAGUAGAAGAGGCAACCUGCUUUUCAGAGAGACUCUAAUUUCCUAACCACGAGAAGCAGACUAUAAUAUUCAUAUUUAAACAAAGCAAUUUUUUUUAUUACUAAACAAGGUUUUUAUGAAUAAUAGCAUUGAUAUAUAUAUAUAUAUAUAUAUCACCCUUUAGAUCUUGAUUUUUCUUGGUCAUUUCUCAACCCGAGGUGCAUAGCAUAUUCCCACAUUCCAUUUUGGUAGCAAUAUGCAGCCCAAAUGCAUGCAUUCAGAUUCCAUUUGGCCAAGUCAACUUGUGUGCUACUGAACUGUCAGCUCAAACAGCUGCCCUGGUAGGUAGGGAAUUAGCAAAAAUGUUUGCUUUCCGAUCGAUGUUUCCGAAGACACCACCUUGGAUGCUCACAUGGAACGGCGUUUUCUCUUAAGAUAAAUCUGAGGGAUGUGCUAUUAACUGCAUAGAUCAGACAGUGGAAUGAAAGGUGCUCCUUCAGGUCAACCUCGCUGAUGGUAUUUGAUGCGGAGUCACAUUUAAAACGUUCAAUAGAACCAGCACAAAUGCAUGGAGCUAUUCAGAGCCUUGAAGCUUAAGAGUUUAGACUUGGAUUUUCAGUCCGUUUUUAUAUGUGGACUCCUGCCUGCCCUUCUGAACCGUAGGGACUGACAACCACUGGUCCAUCCAUCCGCUUUUGGGACUUUUGGAAGCCUUCAUCUGGAUGUUACUCUUUUGGUCUGGAUUACGAGCUGUUCCCUCGCUGGGAGGAAUUAAACACAAACAAUGCUCUUUGGUUUAGCUGGAGCACAUGUGAAGCCCAACUCUUACUUUGUCAUCCUUUUGAAACUGCUGCCCUUCGCGGCUCCAGGUUUGCUUUUUUUUUUCUCUUGCUUGAAGUAUGGUUGAACACCUCGCAAACACCUCCAUCUCCUGGGAGGGCUCUCUGACCAGAUGGAUGAGCCGUGCUGAGAGCUUCGGAUCCGCGGAGAUCGGCCCCGUUGGCUGCAGUCCACGAAUCCAUCGGCACCCAUUUUAUUUUCCUUUUCUCCCCUUCUGCACCAGCUUGGUAGCCAUCUGCUUGUGUGUGUACAACAGGAUUAAAAUCUCUUAAAGUUAACAAAGAAUGUGAUCUAGGAGAAGAAAAAAAAAAAAAAUGAGAUGAAUAAAUAAAAAAAAAAAAGCCUAAAAGCACCAAUUGAGGAAGCAAGUGAAUCUGCUUCUUUUUUUUUUUUUUUCCUGAUAUAUAUAUUUUUUUUCUUUGACAAAUGAAAUAUUUGAUUUCUUUGGGUGUUUUUCAGCAAGCCGAGAUUUGUGUUUGUUUGUUUUAAUGCUACGGAAUGGAGCAAAUGUCUACCUGGGAUGCUGGUAUACUUGAAUUUGGAUAAUUGUGUGUUGGAGAUCGGAGUGGAGAUGGAUAUUAAACCUGAAAGUGACCUGCUGUAUUUUGGGGGGAUUUCUGAGGGGUUUGGGUGAGAUAUUUUAAUUUGUGGCGCAGCCCAUGGGAUGGUGCAUGGGAACUGAUCCACCCCAUGCUGCUCUGAGCAGAGUCCUGAAUGUCGGGUCGGUACAUUUGGGUUUUCCCAGACAUGUUUUCCUUUAGGAACGCCACCGAGUUCUGAGUCAGUGGGGUUGGAAGGUUACAAUCCUAUUUCUAAUUCAUAAAGCACAAUCGAUUCUUUUUUUUUGAAGAAGAAGAAGAAGGAGAAGAAAAAAAAAGAACUCAUAAAGUAUCAUUUUGCUUUAGCAUGAUUUUCCUUAAUAAAAAUAUACGAAGAAUUUCAUUUA